GGCUUCGCUCUCUCUGCUGCUCAGGACUUCCCAGCGACUUAACUCAAAGUCCUGACUUUGAAGGAGGAGGACAAGCUUUCGGAGGGUCUCGUCUCGUGGGUCGGUGUUUGCAGCAGCCCUGCUGAAGAAAAGCAGCGCUGCAGGGGGAGAGUUUGUUACCUGUUGGUGAGGAGCAGCCGCUGUUAUUCACACAAAAGAAAAGUGGGAGGAAGGAGCGGCUCUUUUCGGUGGACACAGGGAGUGAAGGACCAAGUUUUUUUUCUCCCCCAGCGGUUGCAGACCUCUGCCGGGUUAGAGGGAAAAUGGGCCACCCGACCUCCUGGAGCUGUGGACUUAUUUUCAUUCUCACAUGUCAGCUGGUUUCUGUUACUCAGGCCUCCAAGGUGUGGGGAGAGGUCCCUCUGCCAGAAGACUUGGAAUCAGAAAAAGACGUCCAGGCAUCUCUGAGUUUACUGGACGAUGAUGAAGAUUUUGUAGCUGAUGGAGCUUCAGGAGACGAACCCAGCGGAGAGGAAGAUGGCAGCACUCCAGAUCCUGACAGCACAAUUUAUUACAGAGCUCUUGUCAACUUCACCGACUCUGUGGUGUACAGCCCUGAGCUGGAGGACAUUUACUCUCUAGAGUUUAAGGAGAUUUCCGAGGCUGURAUGGACACGCUGGAGUCAGACUACAACAAGAUUCCAGGUGUCCAAACGGUCAAUGUGGUCCUCAUUAAAAAACUCAUAAGAGAGGAUGGCGUUGAUGUGUUUGUGGAAUUGGACGUGGGUUCAGAUUACAACACCGACGAGGAACAAAUCCGCAGCGUGCUUUACAACGUGGUGAACGAGGGAACUAUUGCUUCCUACGUCACAUCGGUCCAGGGUUUUCAGUUCAGGAAGCUUGGAAAAGUAAUCCCUUCUAGAAGGCCAUGUUUUGCUGAUGAGUUCCAGUGUGGAGAUGAAACGUGCAUCCUGAAAGAAUACCUGUGUGACAACAGACCAGACUGCAGAGACAUGAGUGAUGAGACUAACUGUGAUUUGCCAAGAUUCACCAUCCCUGUCUACACUACGCCUGCCACCACUACCACCACAGCGGCUGUGAUACUGGACUCUCCGCCCCCAUUUUCACCUUGUAGAGCAGAUCAAUCCAAAUGCCAGAGCGGGGAAUGUGUCAAUAGAAACGUAAUCUGUGAUGGAGUUAAAGACUGCUCAGACGGCAGCGAUGAGCUGAGAUGUGGAACUCCCUCUCCCUGCGAGCCCAACGAGUUUAGGUGUAAAAAUGGUCGCUGUGCCCUCAAGCUUUGGCGUUGUGAUGGAGACAAUGACUGUGAAGAUAACUCUGAUGAAUCAGACUGUCCUACCAAGGGUCCUGAUGACACAUGUGGUCCUGAGCAGUUUGAAUGCCAGACUGAUCACACCUGCAUCCCAUCUAGUUACCAGUGUGAUGAAGAAGCAGACUGUGUGGACCGCUCUGAUGAGUACGGCUGCACCCCUCCAACUGUAAUAAGUCCCCCGGAGUCGAUUCAGGCAGCGAGGGGCUCGACGGUGAUGUUCACCUGUCAGGCUGUUGGAGUUCCCACACCCAUGAUCACCUGGAGACUCAACUGGGGACACAUUCCUCCUGGUAGCAGGUUCACCCUAACCAAUAAGAAUGGCCGUGGCACCCUCACCAUUCGUGAUGUGAAAGAGUCYGACCAGGGGGCGUACACCUGCGAAGCCAUCAAUGCUAAAGGCCUGGUGUUUGGGAUCCCUGAUGGAGUUUUAACUCUAACAAAUUCAAACCAGGGAAACUGCCCCAGUGGUCACUUCAGCGUGGAUGGCCGCUGUGUCUCCUGCUUCUGUGCUGGAGUCUCAAAGAACUGCAGGAGCACCGGACGCUACCGCAACCAGAUCAGCCUGCGCUUCACCAAAGARGAGGACUUUAAAGGAGUAAAUGUUAGUUACCCACUCAGGCCAGGCACUCCUCCUCUCUCCUCCACUCAACUCCUUAUUAACCCAGAGCUGGAGGAGUUCCAACUUGUUGACCUGUCACGCCGUUUCCUCAACCUUGAAUCCUACUGGACCCUGCCUCGCCAGUUUCUGGGAAACAAAAUUGACUCGUAYGGAGGAUCACUGAGGUAUAAGGUGCGAUACACACUGGCACGGGGCCUGUCUGAGCCAGUGGUGAGGUCAAACGUGAUUCUGGUGGGAAAUGGGCGUAGGCUUUUGUACCACAGAGAGAGCAGCAACACCCCUCCCAAUGUGCCCAGCCAGAAACACAUCAGAUUCACUGAAGACCACUGGCAGCAUUCUAAUGGUCGUCCUGUGAGCCGCGAGGAGCUAAUGAUGACGCUGGCCAAUCUGGACAGCAUCAGCAUCCGCACCAUCUACGACAACCACAUGGUCAGUGUGGGGCUCAGUGACGUUAUCAUGGAUACUACCACCGUGGAGUUCAGCACUCUGGGCCAUGCUAAGGAUGUCGAGGAAUGCAGCUGUCCUCCUGGAUAUGCAGGCCUGUCCUGUGAAAUGUGUUCCUCUGGGUUUGAGCGUGUCCCCGGGGGCUCAUAUCUUGGCACCUGCUCUGGCUGUAACUGUUAUGGACAUGCAACGACCUGCGAUCCAAUAAGUGGACACUGUCUGAGCUGCCAACACAAUACAGAGGGCCCACAGUGCGACAAGUGUCGCCCUGGAUUCUUUGGUGACCCAAGCCGAGGUCAUCCUGAUGACUGCAAGCCCUGCUCCUGCCCGUACAUCGAGACCUCGCGUCGGUUUUCUGACACCUGCUUUCUGGGAUUUGACCAGCAGCCCACAUGUGACGCCUGCAGGCCUGGAUACACAGGAAGGCGCUGUGAAAAAUGUGCUCCUGGUUACAAUGGUAACCCCCUCCAGCCUAAUGGAAAAUGUGUUCCCAACCAGAGCAGCUCCACCUGUGAUAACAGAGGAACCAUCAGCUCUAGCAGUGUGCUGUGCAGCUGUAAGAACAAUGUGGCAGGCUCUCUGUGUAAUGAGUGCAAGCCAGGCUUCUUCCACUUAUCAGAGGCUAACCAUGAAGGCUGCCUACGCUGUUUUUGCAUGGGCGUCACCAAACAGUGUGCCAGCUCCUCAUGGAGUCGAGACCAGGUGCGAGGAGGAGUCAACGGGGAGGUCUUCUCCCUCACUGACAGCACCAACUCUAAAACUAUCACAGAAGGAAUCCAACAGAGGGGCUCUGCAGCCGUCUACCGGCCUUCCCCAAGUGGCUUCAAUGACGUUUACUACUGGGUCCUGCCUGAGAGCUUCAGAGGCGAUAAGGUGACUGCAUAUGGUGGGGAGCUGCACUACACCGUGAGCUUUGAGCCACAUCUGCGCGCUCUGGCGUUUGACGGGCAUCCAGAUGUGGUUCUUCAAGGCAACAACAUCUUUCUGGAGCACUUCUCUCAGACAAGGUCUCUACCACGGCUCCCGCACACGUUUACUGUGACGUUCAGAGAGGCGGACUGGCGACGGGCUGAUGGCCAGCCCUGCACUCGUGAACAUCUGCUGAUGGCCCUGGCUGAUGUUGCUGUUUUUAUGAUUAGGGCCACCUAUGUGGACAGUAUGGUUGAAACCAGCAUCUCAGAUAUCAAGAUGGACAUUGCUGUUCCUCAUUCAACGGGUAAUGAACAAGCUCUGGAGGUGGAGGAGUGUGCCUGUCCUCAGGGAUACAGAGGACCAUCCUGCCAGGAGUGUGAUGAAGGUUACACACGGACCACCUCUGGGCUUUACCUGGGCACGUGUGAGAAGUGCAACUGCAACGGCCACUCCAGCAGCUGUGACCCGGAGACCGGCGUGUGUCUGAUGUGCCCCUGGAUACACUGGCAAUCCUCUGCUUGGAAAGAGAUGUGUGCUUGACAAUGAAGUUAAUGGUAACUGCUACAAGUGUGACGAAAGAGGAAGUGAAAACUGUUACAGUGGUGCAUGUCAAUGCAAGAUGAAUGUUGAAGGUGUGUCUUGCUCCACCUGUAAGUCUGGAACCUUUCAUCUUAGCCAGGAAAAUAAAGAUGGCUGCUUGUCCUGUUUCUGUAUGGGUGUCACUCAGCAGUGUUCCAGCUCUACAUACUAUAGAGACUUGGUCUCCUCAGUCUUUACUCCAGGAAACUUUCAUGGUUUCGCUUUGGUGAACCGCCAGAGAAACAGUCGCAUUACUACUGGUUUCACUGUUGAAGUUUCCACUGAAGGCACUCAGCUGUCCUUCAGCAACUUCAACCACUUGGAGCAGGGCCCCCACUACUGGCAGCUUCCAGGGGCUUACCAGGGAGACAAGGUUGGUUCUUAUGGUGGUAAACUGAAAUACACCAUUUCCUAUGUGGCUGGUCCAAGAGGAACACAACUUGAAGAUGCUGAUGUCCAAAUUAUUGGUAACGACAUCACCCUGGUAGCUCGUCAGACAUGGCAGAGGAGGCAGCAGGGCGGUAGAGAGAGCAAACAGUUUAAGAUCAUCUUCAGAGAGGACUGUUCAUCUGGAUACACUCGUACUGGAGGAGGUUUGUACCUGGGUCACUGUGAGCUCUGUGAAUGUAACGGACACUCGGACACUUGCCACCCUGAAACUGGCAUUUGCACGAGCUGCCUGCACAACACGCAGGGGGAGUUUUGUGAGCAGUGUGCCUCUGGAUUCUUUGGUGACCCGACUGCUGGAACUCCGGUGGACUGUCAGCCRUGCGCCUGCCCUCACACUGACCCAGACAACCAGUUCUCUCCCACCUGUGAGAGCCUGGGUAAUGGAGACUACCAGUGUACCUCCUGUCAGCCUGGAUACACUGGCCAGUACUGUGAACAUUGUUCUCCUGGAUAUGUUGGCAACCCACAGCGGAGGGAGAAGUGUCAACCAAAGGAUGCUGCAGCCUCCUUGGUGGUAAAGGUCUAUCCAGAGAGCUUCAAAGCAGCACAGGGCAGCUCGGUCACUCUGCGAUGUCAGGUGUCUGGAGCUCCUCCACACUACUACCACUGGUCCAGACUGGAUGGACAGCCUGUCUCUAACAGUGCUGAAAGACUCAAACAAGGAGCAGAACUGUACUUCCCCCGCAUCCAGCCGAGUGAUGCUGGCAUCUACGUCUGCACCUGCCGGGACCAGCACAGCACCAACAGGAGCCACGCUGAGAUUCUUGUCAUAGGUGUCACCAGCCUACACUCUGGUGUGGACCCGGAGGGGCAUCGGGAGACUUCCCAACCGGGCCACGGACUUCAACGGCAUCCUGACGAUUCAGAACGUCCAGCCUGAGGAUGCAGGCAUCUAUGUGUGCACAGGMUCCAAUAUGUUUGCCAUGGAUGAGAGUACUGCCAUCCUGUAUGUGCCAGAGGCCUCUCAGAGUCAGAUGUUUUACACAGCCUAUGAAAUGUUUGAAGGACACAGAAAGUCUGCAGAGGGGGUCCAGCCUGUCGCCUCCAUCAGUCCCUCAGUGCUAAAUGUCCAGCAGGGCCAACGAGCAGAGCUUCGCUGCAAAGUGACUGGAAACCCAACACCAUCUAUUGAAUGGAUUGGAGGCCCUGGGAACAAAAUGAGUUCCAGAGCUGUGGUAAGGAAUGGCAUCCUGCUGUUCACAGCUGUGGACCCGGCUGAUGAGGGGGAAUACUUGUGCAAGGCCCUCAACACUCACGGCGAGCACACAGCACGGGCGUUCAUCUAUGUCCAAAAAUCGAACCCCAGUGGCCUUGGCACGGUACCUCAAGUCCAAGUCAGUCCUCAAAAUGUUGAAAUCCAUGAAGGYGAAACAUUGAGGUUGUACUGCAGAGCGUCUGGAUCGCCUACACCAAAACUCACCUGGGUGAAAAAUGGAGGACAAAUCCCUCCACAGGCCAUUCCCUCUCACGGUUUCCAUCAGUUUAAAAGCAACAGUCUCGAUGUGUUACAAAGACAUAUUGAGGAUCUGCAGGCCCGGACGGAMCGCACUGACAUCGGUACUCUACUCAUCCCUGAAAUCAAGAUGGCUGACUCAGGAACUUACAUGUGUGUUGGAAGCAACAGCGUCGGGUCGAACAGUUCUCCCAUAAGGGUCAAUGUGCUUAAAGCAGAGCACAGUUCUGCGGCUGUUACCAUCCAGCCAUCCAGCGCUGAUGUCCAGGAGGGACAGAGUUUGGAGCUCAAYUGCUUGGCUCCUGGAAAUCCACCAUCCAGAGUAAUCUGGACAAGAGCCAAUGGACACUUCUCUGCCAACCACCAGGUUGUUGGAAGUCAGUUGCGCAUCCUGUCAGCCUCCUCUGAGGAUUCSGGAGAGUAUAUCUGUCGGGUACAGGACAACUCUGGGAGCUCAGGCCCUCACGUCCACCAGGCYUCUGUCUCUGUGUCUGUCACCUCAUCUUCUUCACGCCUCCAGAGCCCGAUUAUUGGAGUUGAGCCCCACAGCGCCGCAGUGCGUGUGGGGGAAUCUUCCAGCUUCAGGUGCCAGGUGUACAGUGGAGCUCAGCCCGUCAGACUGGAAUGGAAACUGGUCAACAACCAGCCACUACCAGAUAAUGUCAAAGUUGGACCUGGUGGCUCUGUUAUCACUAUAAACAAUGCUCGCCCUAUGAACAAGGGAGCUUACCGCUGUGUGGCCAGCAAUCCGUUUGGUAUCACCCACACCAUAGUGUCUCUGAUUGUAAAAGAGUCUCCAGUGGCUACCGUCAACCCUGUUGGACCUGUUCGGGUCAGAGUGGGUGACCCGAUUAACCUUGAAUGUCAAGCUUCAGGAGAGCCCCGCCCCUCCGUGUCAUGGCACAGACUAGACAAUAGCCGUAAGACCCUGCUGCAAAGCCCUGUCCCCAUGGAGUCGAAUGCAGUCCUGCAGAUCCUAGCUGCACGUAAAGAGGACAGUGGCACAUAUGUGUGCACCUCUCGGAACACGGAGGGCUCUACUGACACCAGGGUGGAAGUGAUUGUUGAUGGAGGAGCCCAAGUCCCCUCAGCACCCAUUGCCUCAGUAUCUGAGCCGUUGAUGAUUGUGGUGGAGGGACAGACUGUAACACUGACCUGUGAGGCCCACGGAAUUCCAUUACCAACAAUCAGGUGGUCUAAGCUGCGGUCCUCCCUGCCUUGGAGGCACAAGGUGGUAAAUAACAACCUUAUUCUGCCCAGUGUUGGCCGACAAGACUCUGGGGAAUACAUCUGCAGUGCCACAAAUACCAUGGGAACCAGUGAAGUCACCAUUACGUUAGAUGUAGAGUCUCCUCCUUAUGCCACCUCUGUACCUGAUAAUGUGGCUGUACGAGUCGGUGAGGUGAUCAGGCUACAGUGCCUGGCACAUGGCACCCCUCCCCUGACCUACACCUGGACAAAGUUAAAUGGGAACCUCCCUCCAAGAGCUCAUGUCAGUGGAGGUGAUCUCCAGAUCGACCUGGCUACUCCUGAGGAUGCUGGGAGCUACAAGUGCAUKGCCAGCAACAAUGUUGGCAACAGUGAAGUAACUGCGAAAGUCACAAUCAGAUCCCCGUUGGCGGUGCGCGUGUCCCCCCAGGUUGAUGUCAAAGCCCAGGGCAGUGCUGUGGAGUUCACCUGUUCAGCAGCAGGUGGUGUAGAAACAAAGAUUGAGUGGCUAAAGGAAGGUGGAGCCCUGCCACCAAACCACCACAUAAAAGAUGGUGUUCUCAGGAUUGAAAACCUGGAGCAGAGCAAUGAAGGGAUUUAUAUCUGCAGAGCAAGUAGUUUGUACAGUCAGGCACAGGACACUGCCAGGCUUACAAUCCAAGCUCUGCCAAAGGUAAUGAUUAAUGUACGUACAUCAGUGCAGACAGUGAUGAUUGGGAAUUCUGUGGAGUUUGAGUGCCAGGCUGUUGGUGAUCCGGAGCCUACGGUAAAAUGGAGUAAAGUUGGCAGCUCGCUACCAGAGCACAUCAUGGUGAAAGGUGGCAUGCUGAGGAUUGAGCGAAUAACAGAGGCCGACGCUGGCCAGUAUCGCUGUACGGCAACCAAUAAUGUGGGCUCAGUUCAGUCCCAGGUGCUCCUUAAAGUUCAGUCACUUCCUCAGAUUGCUGCACUACCAGAAACAAAGAAAGUGACCGCUGGAUCCAAUGCAACCAUGCCCUGUGUGGCUUCAGGACAUCCUGUCCCAGUUAUCAAAUGGUCAAAGAUGGAGGGAGAACUUCCUCCCAAGUGUUUCCAGGAGGCCAAUGUGCUGACAGUUCCUCGAGUCWCCUAUGAAGACUCUGGUACCUACGUCUGCACUGCCUCCAACAAACAGGGCAAAGUGGAAGCCUUCACUAGACUUGAAGUACAUGAGAGAGUGAUGCCAUACUUUUCCCAGGAACCCUUGUCCUACCUCACACUGCCCACCAUCAAAAACGCCUACAAAGCUUUCAGCAUAAAGAUCAAUUUUAGACCAGACAAUGUUGAUGGUCUCAUGUUGUAUGCAGGCAUGAUCUUCUACAACGGCCAGAGAAAGUCCACAGGAGCUGAUUUUAUCUCCCUGGGACUUGUGAGCGGUCGCCUGGAGUUCAGGUUUGACGUGGGCUCUGGAAUGGCUACUAUAAGGGACCCCAACACCAUAAAACUGGGAGAGUUUCACACUGUUGAGUUGCAUCGAAACCUCACCCAGGGUUAUAUUAUUGUAGAUGGAGGGGAGCCCAUCAGUGGCACCUCACAGGGCAAGUUCCAAGGCCUUGAUCUGAACGAGGAGCUGCAUGUAGGUGGUUACCCCAACUACACUGUUCUCAGCAAAACUGCUGGAAUUAAGACCGGUUUUGUGGGCUGUAUUCGUCAGUUGGUCAUUCAGGGAGAGGAGGUCAUUUUUAAAGACUUGGACCGCAGCUCUACAGGUGUCACAAACUGUCCCACCUGCAAAGAUCAUCCCUGCCAGAAUGAAGGCAGGUGUGAGGACUCAGAUGCCAGCUUGUAUAAGUGCAACUGCCCCAGAGGAUUUACAGGCAGCAACUGCCAGCAUCACUCAUCUCUGCACUGUCACUCAGAGGCUUGUGGACCUGAUGCUACUUGCAUUAAUCGCCCAAAYGGUCGAGGCUAUGACUGCCGCUGCCAUCUUGGCAAAUUUGGGGAUAAAUGCAUGGAAGGGGAACUGGUGACAACUCCACUGUUUACCGGYGAGGAGUCAUAUAUAGCCUAUCCUCCGCUGACCAAUGUCCACGAUGACCUGCGUGUUGAGCUGGAGUUCAAGUCACUGGACAGAAAUGGCCUCAUGUUCUUCUGUGGUGGAAAGAAAAUGAAGGUGGAGGACUUUGUGACCAUUUCCAUGGUGGAGGGACAUGUAGAGUUCAGAUAUGAGCUAGGCACAGGACAGGCAGUUCUUCUCAGUCCUCAGCCAGUGUCCCUGGGUCAGUGGCACAGAGUUGUGGCUGAGCGGAACAAACGGGCCGGCCACCUCAGGGUGGACCUGGGCCCAGUGGAGAGGAGAACAUCCCCAGGAAAAUCCCAGGGCCUAAACAUCCACACCCUUAUGUACCUGGGAGGAGUUCCCAACGUGGAUAUUCUGCCGAAACCUGCCAACGUCAGCAAAAUGUUUGAGGGCUGCAUAGGAGAGGUUUCCAUCAACAACAAGAAGCUGGAUUUGUCCUACAGCUUUGUGGAGAGUAAAUCAAUUGACACAUGUGUAGACAUCAGUCCGUGUGACCGCCGGCCCUGCCUGAAUGGGGGCGAAUGCAUGUCAAGUGCUGAGUAUGAGUACCAGUGCCUCUGUAAGGAUGGAUUUGAAGGUGAGCGUUGUGAAGUGGUGAAAUUUGGCUGCCAAAGUGACUCUGAGUGCCAAAACGGAGGAAGUUGUGUGAAUCACAAGUGUGUAUGUUCACCUGGGUACACAGGCUUCAGUUGUGAUGAAAGCCAGGUCCUCAGCAUUCCAGAGACCCAGAAGAGCUCUGAAGCCAGCGAGGCAAAUGAUUCACCAUAUCAGUAUGCAGCUUCUUUUCACAAUGAUGGCUACAUUGCUCUUCCUAAGUCAGUUUUCCCAAGAAGUGGUCCUAAUUCACCAGAGACUAUAGAAAUGGAAAUCAGGACCACAUCUUCUGAGGGGCUGGUCUUGUGGCAGGGAGUGGAGACCACUGGCGCACGCAAUUUGCAAAAGAUGCAUGGUAAUAAAAAGACACCCGGAGAGGACGGCAAAGGCAAGGACUUCAUCAGCCUUGGUCUGCAGAACGGACACCUAGUUUUCAGUUACCAACUAGGCAGCGGAGAGGCUAAAAUACUUUCCCAAAGAUCUAUCAAUGAUGGAAGGUGGCAUCAAGUCACUGCGGUCAGAACUGGAAGAGAUGGAUAUAUCCAGAUUGAUGGAGGAGGUAUGCAACGUGGACAGUCUAAAGGUGACAAAAUCAUGGUCGACACCAAAGGCAGUAUAUAUCUUGGUGGAGCCCCAGACCUGCCUGCUGUAACAGGAGGGAAGUUUUCAUCAGGGAUGAUGGGCUGCGUAAGGAACCUGUCACUGAUGAACGCUCGGCCAGAGCAGCAGCAGCCCCGGGCCAUCAACCUUCAAGCCCAUGCUGCUCAUGGCGUCAAUGUUCAGCCCUGCUCUUCAUAGACUGGCAUAAACACAGACAAACAUACGGACUAUGGAGUGAUGUCAUAUACACUCACACUGCUAACUCACUCAAAGAAAAUUAACACUCACAGACCUAAAAACAAAUCGGUGCUUUGCAUCUACCAAAAGAAACAACAACAAAACACAGAACAAAUGAGAAAGCUUUACUUUGUGUAGUUAAACCAAAACAAAAGAUUUUUUUACACUAUUAACAACUCUGCUUCUCCACAGUAUUGUUUUCCACAUGRAGUAGUCUCACAGGACAACUAUACUCUUUUCAUUUUCCAGCAGUACUUUUAGCCAUGAGAAGAUUAAAACAUGUUAGGCUUUCUUCAGUGUGCCCAAUCCUAUGGAGAUGAGGAGGUUUUUACAGCACUGAUUUUUAGGUUUUUUGUUUUUGUUUUUGUUGUUUUUCGGGGGGAUGGGGCUGGGCGGGGAGAGAGAGAGAAACAAGCAAACUAACCAUAGAGCUGCUCUUCUGCUUUCUUAUUCUGGGCUCUUAUACUGUGUGUCUGAGGCGUGUAUAGGCUCACCUGUAAUAACACUUGAAGAUGCUAGGUCUUCUUUCAUCUCUUCAUGAACUUCUUUUGUGAGUGCGCCUAAACACUUCAAUACCUGUUGAGACAAGAGUGCACACGGUCACAGUCACAUGCAGCUUUAGUACACAACUCAGGAUGAGAAACACAAAUGAAUUACUGCAAAUGUUACAAAUAUGUUGUUGUUUUUCAACUUGGUAACCUACAGCACUGGUGUGUUGUUUCUGUCUAUACUUGUUUUAUAUAUAUAUAAAAACCUUGGUGCUAAUGUCAGACAUGAAGAUGCAGUAUUUGCUUAUCUAUCACAUGUAGAGAUCUUUGUUUUUUUCUUCUUUUUUUUUUUUGCUAUUUGGCUGAAUGAAAGAAUCAGUGUAAAACAUUUGUGUCUUGUUGAUAUGCAUGGUAUGUAGAGUUGAUAUGAUUAUGAUUUGGCAUGCUUUGUUGCCUUACUGAGCUGAGUAGAUCUCAAAAAAAAGAGUUGAAAAUAG